GAUUAAUUAUUAAAAAUAGGUUAUGAAGAAGAAAUGAAUGAAAUUCUUAAAUUAUUACCAAAUGAAAGAUAAACUGUAUUAUUUUCAGCAACUCAAACAAAAAAAGUUGAUGAUUUAGCUAGAUUAUCUCUUAAUUAACCUAUUUACAUAGGAGUUGAUGAUAUUGCUUAAGAAGCAACAGUUAGUGGUUUAGAAUAAGGAUAUGUUAUUGUCGAAGCAGAUAAAAAGUUUUUACUUUUAUUCACAUUCUUAUAAUUAAAUUCAGAUAAAAAGAUUAUGGUUUUUAUGUCAUCUUGUAAUUCUGUUAAAUUCCAUGCUGAAUUAUUAAACUUUGUUGACAUGCCUGUUCUUGAUAUUCAUGGAAAAUAGAAACAAAGUAAAAGAACUAACACUUAUUAUGAAUUUUGUAAUGCAAAAAAAGGUGUUCUUGUAUGUACUGAUGUAGCAGCUAGAGGUUUAGAUAUUCCAGAAGUUCAUUGGAUUAUAUAAUAUGAUCCUCCUGAUGAUACAAAAGAAUAUAUUCAUAGAGUUGGUAGAACAUGUAGAGGAUUAAAUUCUUCAGGAAAAGCUUUAAUUUUUUUAUUACCAGAAGAAAAAGGUUAUUUAGCUCAUCUAAAAUUGGCUAAAGUAGUAAUGAAUGAAUUUGAAUUUCCCUCAGAAAAAUUAGCUAAUAUUUAAGAUUAAUUUGAAAAAUUAAUUGAAAAGAAUUAUUUCCUAAAUAAAAGUGCUUUCGAAGCUUAUCGAUCAUAUUUACAUGUAAAUUAUAAUUUAAAUAUUCUUUAGUCUUAUCAAUCUCAUAGUCUCAAAGAUGUUUAUGAUGUCAAUAAUCUAGAUCUUGUUAAAGUUUCAAAAUCAUUUGGUUUUAAAUUUCCUCCUAGAGUAUCUUUAAGUAUUUGAAUUCCAUUAUUAUUUAUAGAUAUUAAGAUUGCAAGUUCAACUAAAAGAAAAUAAAAAGUCUAAUCAUUCAUGAAUAAAAAGAAACCUGGAUAAUGGAAUAAAUAAUAGUAAUCAGAUGGAAGAUAAUUUAUGAGAUGA